UUUAAUAUGAAUGAAAAUUAUUGAUAUUCAUAUUUAUUUAUGAUGACAAAAUUGGGCAAUUUUUUCUUCUUUCAUUUGAACGGACGUUGAUGUAAAAAGUAGCAUUCUAAGUUAGAUUUGGAUUAGGACAAGAUUUUCAUCAAAACCCAGAGAAUUACACCGACAGACCGACUACUUCUCUCUCUGCCUUUCGACCCAAAAAAAAAGAAAAGCUUCAAAAUUCCUGGCUAUGGACGACAUGGCUGCCUACUACCCUCCACCCUCAGGCCUUCUCCCCCCUCACUACCCCUACUACCAAACCCCUCCUCCUCCUCCACCUCCUGCACUUGCCCCGCCUCCACCUCCUCCACCUGGUGCUGCUGCGCCACAGCCUUACCACCAUUCCUACAUCUCCCAACAACAACCACCGCAACCACCACCCCCUUUCCCCUCUUAUUCUGUUCCUUACCUGGCUGCCUGUUCUUCCCAUGACUCGGUUCGGACCCUCUUCGUUGCCGGCCUUCCCGAAGACAUUAAGCCCCGCGAGAUUUAUAAUCUUUUCCGAGAAUUUCCCGGUUAUGAAUCAUCUCAUCUCCGAAACCCCAACACCUCCCAAAAUUUUCAGCCGUUUGCUUUCGCUGUCUUCUCCGACCAACAGUCUGCUAUCGCGGCGAUGCAGGCGCUUAAUGGAAUGGUUUUUGAUCUUGAGAAAGGAUCAACUUUGUUCAUUGAUUUUGCGAAAUCCAAUUCCCGAUCAAAGCGCCCAAGAACAGAUGAUGAAUGGACUGGAUCCAAUAAGAAAUCUAGGGGAUCAUUGUCGAAGCCUACGACUGAUCCCGCAGGUUUUGGAAGCAUUCACAUGUCUGGAAUGGGUAAUUCUGCUUACAACAUGAUUGGUUAUCCACCUGCACAAAGUUCUGCAAAUGCCGAUGCCAAUGCUGAGUCGACAGCUAUGAAAUCGAGUGCUACCCCAUGUCCAACACUUUUUGUGGCUAAUCUAGGGGCAAGCUGUACAGAGGAAGAACUAAUUCAAGUUUUUUCAAGAUGCCCUGGCUUUCUGAAGUUGAAGAUACAGAGUACAUAUGGAGCUCCUGUUGCAUUUGUUGAUUUCCAGGAUACUGCCUGUUCAACUGGUGCAAUAAACUCUCUGCAAGGGACAAUUCUAUAUUCAUCACCAGCGGGGGACGGCAUGCGGUUGGAAUAUGCAAAAUCGCGGAUGGGGAUGCGAAGGAAACGAAGGUAAUGGACAUGGAAGCAGAGACAGAUUUUACAAAAAUGGGGGCAGUGGGGGGAACUUUCACCCCCUGAAACCCUAAAAUCUUCUUGGUAAUAGUAGUAAAAUGUAAUUAUUGCAAGUUUAAGAAGAGUUUUAGCUGAAAUUCAAUUACUUGUACACUUUAAGUUUGAUUAUUAUUGUUCAUAUUACAUAAUUACCAAAGUUCAAGAAACUUUUGCUUUCUUUUUUAAUUGAAACCCUAUAUUUCGGUUGAACUUUGUUGGGUUGUAAUGUUGUGCUCCUUUUAGCUGCACUUUGUAUCCUUGUAGCAGAUCAUUCUGAUUCUUUUGGA